AUGUAAGACUUUUCAACAGACAAUAAACUGAAUCGGCUCUUAGUGUGAAACAGGACUCUGCUGUCUCUACUUCUCUUCUGGUGUCGACGUAAAUCUCCACAGAAUCAGGAAGUCCGGGGGAUUUUUUGAAACGUAAAAGUUGAAUGGACAAGUGGAUACGCCACCUUUUUACCGAGAAACAAUGAAUAGACACCUUUGUUAACGCUUAAAGAUUUAUCGAUGUAGUUUUAUUUACAUUAUUACUAUCUUAUUACCUUAUUUAAAUCGUCAUUCGUCAACCGGAACACCUGUAUUUUCACUUUUCGGGUGAGAGGGAUGAAUGUUCCUCACCUCACUGAAGAUGAGAUGUCAGACAUUAAAAAAGACGUGCUGGUCAGACUUCGGCACUACCUCUGCGAAAAGAUCAGAGCCGAACGCCACCUCGACUACCUGCGCUCUCGUAGGAUCCUGACACGAGACGAUGCGGAGGAAAUCGGCUGCAGGUCCACGCAGACCAAGAGGACGGCCAUGAUGUUGGACAUGCUGGCCGAGAACCCCCGGGGCCUGGACGCCUUGAUUGACUCCAUUAGGGAGUCGCGCGCACAAAACUUCAUCAUCACCAAAAUCACAGAUGAGGUGCAAAAGGCCAAAAACGAGAAGGUCGAGUCUCUCAAAGGGGCUUCCAGUUCCUCGUCUGACAGCAACCUCAGCUCUCCGAGCACAACCAGCGACCUUCACCCAAGUUUCUCAAACAGCUCCACCCUGCUCUUCCACCCGGACGGAGAACGAAGCCCUUCCACUUCAGGCUUACCAGGCUCACUCAACAUGCUGUCGUUACAGAAAAUGGAAGAUUCGCCCUCUGUGGCUGGUGCUAGUAUCAGCACGGUUUCCUCCACAACCUCCUCCAUCCUCCCAAGGCCCGGAGACCCGGGAGCUCCUCCUCUGCCAGAGGAUGUAAUGGUUGAAUCCCCCACCAACAUAGAUGCCGGAGCGCCGGGGUGCACCAGCAGCGGAGGGGACCCAAACAUCCAGCCCCUCCGAUCGCGCUCUCUCACCCCGACGUCACAUAGGAACAUCGUUUAAUUUCACAUCUCAAUAAGACACUUUCAAUGCAGUUAAAUGGACAUACCAACAGAAUCCUCAGUCAUUCGAACUAAUGUACACAUUGUUGUCUUGCUCUUUUUGGUGUCUUUGCCUUUAAUUAGGCAGAGAUUGCUGUAAAUGGGAUUUACUACUACUAUGCUGAUCAGCUUUCAACAAGGAUAGGAACGAUUUCUCACUUGGGGUAGAUCAUGGUUUGAUUUAUUUUUUUUAUACCAUUGCCAAUUUGUUACCUUAGUUUUGAUAGGAGGUCAAAAUAAUACCAAACCUUUCAACAUGAACAAUCACAGGUGUUUAAGUGUAGCAGGUGUACUAGAGCUUUGCUUAAAUAAAUGCAGGUUAAUACUGGCAAAAAACAUGAUUUCAAUCUGAAACUGUCUGAUCAAAAAAUUAUUGAGGUUUAAUACCCACGUCAUGAGCUAAGAAAACUUGACUCACUGAUUCUGAACUCUUCUUUUACCAAAGGUGUGAUUUCCUGAUAAACUGCUGGGUGUGAAAGCAUGGCAGCUACAGUUUAGGUGCGGUGAGAGCGUUUUAUACACAGGAGCGUCCUGUGUACCGAGCCAGUCUGAUCUAAUAACAUGCUGCCUUUGACCAGAGCACUGUAGCUCCAAGUGAUGAUUUCAUUAAGUCCACAGGAAGUUGCUUUACCUUUCCGUCACUACAGUCUUAAAUCACAAAACAUAUUGUGAAAUAACACACCAUGUCCCACUUAUUACUUCACUGGUCAUGUACUAUAAUCUAUUGCAUACUAAAGGUUUUCUAUAUGCAUUCAACUCGUGUUUCCUUUCUUCACUGGUGACUGUGUGAGUGGUUUAGGACAGAAAUAAUGUAAUUAGUGAGGAUACACUAUUAAGGUAACACUAAUAAAUCCUAAAUGCUUUCUAGUAAUAUGGUCUGCAACAUAGCAUCUGAGACUCUUGACAGCUCCUCACAAUACAAAUAUGAAUUCAUUGCGGAA